AUGGCAUUUCAGCUCUUCGCUCUUGCGAAUGGCAUUAGCCGUGUGGAGGAAGAUGAAGAGGAGAUCGAUGCGGCAUUAGCGAAAGAAUGUGUGGAUUCACCGUCUAAGCUAUCGGUUCUUGGUUCUAGGGUUUUGAAAAGGGUUAAAGAGGAAUAUGGAUUUACAGAUUUUCUAGGGUUUGUUUAUUUGGGUGGAUUCGAGAAUAUCGAAUGCGAGACAGAGGAACCGGAGCGUGCCAAGACAAUGAUUGAGGAGUUUCUUACAGUGAACAAAAUUGAGUUUAAAGAUUCAGAUAUGACAAAAUUUGCUGUUUCCCGAUCAGGAAAGCUUCCUUGA